AUGAGGGACCUCAUCCCCGACCUGGAGAAGGCAUUCUACCCUUUUCCGAAUUUAGAGGAGAUCAUUUCUGCCUGGAGGCUUUUGCAGAACAAACACGUCAAAGAUAACACCACGUUAAUCCCUCUACCGAAAGUAGUGGAGGGACAAGAAGGGGAGGGAUCUCUGGGUCCUCGUAAAAGACCAAAUACAGGAAGACAACACCGUUCACACAGUCGCACAAAAGGAAGAGGACGACGAGACCCUUUUCACAUUUCAGUCACGGGUACCCAUGCAUCCCAGCCUCAGAAACAAGUGCAAGUCCUCAUGCUGGGCCUAGAUGGCUCAGGAAAGACUUCCCUGCUCUACAAGCUGAAAUACAACGAGAAUGUGGUUACCGUACCGACCGCUGGUUUCACCGUGGAGUCCUUGGAGAUCGACGGGAAAAGCCCAGAGCUGACGGUGUGGGAUGUUGGUGGUCAGAGGAAGAUGAGGCCUCACUGGAGGCAUUACUACUAUGAAACAGCUGGCCUGAUGUUUGCGGUGGACAGCCAGAACGAGAGACGGCUGGACGAGGCUCGCAAAGAACUGCACAGGGUCCUGAGGCAGGACAGUCUCAGAGGAGUUCCUCUUGUGGUUCUGGCCAACAAACAGGCUCUACCAGAUGCUCUGAGCCCCCAAUCACUGUCUGUGAAACUGGACUUGAGGGUGGGUGUGGCGGGCCGGGCGUGGUUCGUCCAGCCCUCCUCAGCCAACACUGGGACGGGACUGGAAGAAGGUUUCAUGAGGACGGUUUAUCUGAUGAAGACCCCUUUCAGACAGACUCAGGACGACAUUAAGGUUCAGAUGAGAUCUAAAGGCUUCGGUUUCGCAGCAGUGAAGCGAUUCUGUGGCAGCUGAUUACAGGACGAUUACUUUUGAUGUUUGAUUCCUGUCGUCUUUCAUCCAACUGAAACCAACUGCGAGGUCAAAGGAUGAUGCUAACGCAGAGAUUAGAGUUAAUCCGUGUGGUGAAACUGCUGCGGGGUGAAGAGGCGGGAGGAAAAAAACUGUGAGGGGUUUGUGAAAAAUCUGGGAUUAUUGGGGUGGAUUUGAGAAAGCCGUCAUGAGGGGCCUUGAGACAGUUCUCUGAAACUACAAAUGUAUAUGAAUAAAUUAGCAAAUAAGGUUUAGAUAUAUUUUAUCACUAUAAAUCAUUUUCUUGUGUUUUAUAUUAUUUGAAAAUCAAGUUUAUUUUGAGCAAAUGUCAUCUUACAAUAAAGGAAGUUCAUGUAUUUGAUCAUA